AUGUGUUUCUGGAGCUACUCCCACCACCACCACCUCCCUCCCUGCACCCGGCCAAUCGAGAUCAUCGUCAACUACGAGUACUGCCACUGCGCCGUUACCGACCCAAUGACCGGCGAGACGCAGGCGUGCGACCGCGCGUUCUGUGGCGAUAACGCUUCUCCCAUGAACCAGGUCGAUUACAACGACCCAUGCGGCCUAUCGUGGGUUGGGGUGAAAGGCCUGGGCCUACUUGACAAUCCCUGGCUCAGCUUCUCCAAGCCGGACGACAGUGUUCCGGUGGUUCGCAUCCUAUCAGCCGUCCAGCCGGGCUCUCGCCACAUUCUGGGCGUGGUGUAA